CCCCCCCCCCCCCCCCCUCUCUCUACAUUUGCUGAUCGCGGAAGGGAUAAUCGAGAGUUCAAACCCUAAAAAUUUCAAUCGGAGGGGCUUGCAGAAAGCUAGAAUUCAGUUAAAAUGAGAGAAGGAGCAGAGACUAGUGCUGGGAAAGAGAAGAUAUCAAAUGGAUCUGAAAAGAUGGAUAUAGAUUUUGAAGAUCUUGAAUUUGAUGAAGAAGAAGAUGAUGAGCCAUUUGACGCAGCUGCUUUACAAGAAAUGAAUUUGAACAAAAAGAAAUUAGCUGAUUUCUGCAAAAAAGUAUCCACCACAUUUUUUGACAAGUAUGGGCUGAUUAGUCACCAGAUCAAUUCAUACAAUGACUUCAUCAAACAUGGGAUCCAGAGAGUUUUUGAUUCAAUUGGCGAAAUUGUAGUCGAGCCUGGAUAUGAUCCAUCAAAGAAGGGUGAUAACGAUUGGAGAUAUGCCUCAAUAAAAUUUGGGAAGGUGACCGUUAGUCGACCAACGUUUUGGACUGGAGGUAAGUUUUCUGAAGAUGGUGGUGAAGAAUAUUUGCAGUUGUUGCCCCGACAUGCCCGCCUUCAGUUUAUGACGUAUUCUGCCAGGAUAACAGUUCAGACCCAUCUUAAGGUGUAUACUAAAAAGCGGGUCCGGAGUGACAAGUUUAAAACCGGAGUAGACCAGUUUGUCUCAAAUGAAUUUGAGAUGGAGGAUAACAGGGAUCUUAUAAUUGGGAGAAUGCCUGUGAUGGUAAACUCUGACCUCUGCUGGAUGAGUGAUGGCAACAAGAAGCCUGAUUGUGAAUUUGAUCAUGGAGGAUAUUUCAUUGUAAAAGGGGCUGAGAAGACCUUUAUUGCACAGGAACAAAUAUGCUUAAAAAGACUCUGGGUAGCUAACAAUCCAAGUUGGAUGGUUUCAUAUCGCCCAGUUUCCAAAAGGAAGAGAGUAUAUAUAAAGUUGACAGAGACCCCCAAAGUAGAGCCUGUGGUGAGGGGAGGAGAAAAAGUCCUGACUGUGUAUUUUUCUGUGACAGAAAUGCCAAUUUGGAUAUUCUUCUUUGCACUUGGUGUAUCCUCUGAUAGAGAGGUAGUGAACUUGAUUGACGUGGACACGAAAGACACAGAAAUUGUGAAUAUACUUGUUGCUUCCAUCCAUGAUGCUGAUAGCAAGUGCGAGUCAUUUAGGAAACAGCCAGUAGCACUUAAUUUUGUUGCUGAACUUAUGAAGAACUGUAGAUUUCCUCCUCAAGAAUCUAUUGAAGAUUGCAUCAACAACUUCCUGUUUCCUAGUCUUAACAGCUUCAAGCAGAAGGCUCGCUUUCUUGGAUAUAUGGUAAAGUGUCUCUUGCAAGCUUAUUCAGGCAAGCGGAAAGCGGACAAUAGAGAUGAUUUUAGGAACAAGAGGUUGGAGCUUGCUAGUGAGCUGCUAGAACGAGAGCUUAGAGUGCAUCUUAAACACGCUGAAAGGGUUAUGAUCAAGGCAAUGCAAAGAGAUCUCUAUGGAGAUCGACAGCUACAGCCAAUUGAACAUUAUGUGGAUGCAUCAAUAGUCACUAAUGGUCUCUGUAGGGCAUUUUCUACUGGGCAUUGGUCACAUCCAUAUAAGAGGAUGGAAAGGGUAUCUGGUGUAGUAGCAAAUCUUAGACGAACAAACCCAUUGCAAAUGACAGCUGAUAUGAGGAAAACUCGCCAACAAGUUUCAUACACUGGGAAAGUUGGUGAUGCUAGAUAUCCACAUCCUUCACACUGGGGAAAAGUUUGCUUUCUCUCUACCCCAGAUGGAGAAAACUGUGGGCUGGUGAAAAAUUUGGCCAGUUUAGGCCUGGUCAGCACAAAUAUUCUGGACUCGUUUCUCGAUAAACUCUUUGAUUGUGGAAUGGAGAAACUGGUAGAUGAUUCUUCAACGAUACUCCAUCAAAAGCACAAAAUAUUUCUUGAUGGAGAUUGGGUUGGAGUAUGCGGAGAUUCUGGAUUAUUUGUUUUGAAACUAAGGCGUAUGCGGCGUAGGGGUGAAGUGCCAUACCAGGUGGAAAUCAAAAGAGAUGAACAACACCACGAAGUCCGAAUUUUUUCUGAUGCUGGACGAAUCCUGCGCCCCCUUCUUGUUGUUGAAAAUUUAAAGAAAAUUCAAUUUCUGAAAGAUGGAGACUCCUUUCAAUCUUUUCUGGAUAAUGGAAUAGUUGAAUUUAUUGGUUCUGAAGAAGAAGAAGAUUGUCGAACUGCUUGGGGAGUCAAUUACCUCCUUGAAGCCUGCAAGGAGGAUCCACCUGCAAAGUAUACACACUGUGAACUUGACUUGUCAUUCCUGAUGGGUUUGAGCUGUGGGAUUAUCCCUUUUGCCAACCAUGAUCAUGCGAGGAGGGUCCUCUACCAGUCUGAGAAGCAUAGUCAACAAGCCAUUGGAUUCUCUACUUUGAACCCGAAUAUUAGAAUAGAUACUAAUACUCAUCAACUGUAUUAUCCUCAGAGGCCUCUUUUUCGUACCAUGCUGUCAGAUUGCCUUGGAAAGCUCAAAGAUCCUCAUUAUCAUAAAUCGAUGCUGCCACACCCUGAAUACUACAAUGGCCAGUGUGCAAUUGUGGCAGUUAACGUUCACCUAGGGUACAACCAAGAGGAUUCUUUAGUAAUGAACCGUGCUUCUUUGGAGCGUGGUAUGUUUCGGUCAGAGCAUAUUAGAAGUUACAAGGCUGAGGUUGAUAAUAAGGAAUCCCUGGGAAAGAAGCUGAAACUGGAGGAUGCUGUAAUUUUUGGAAAAACACAAAGUAAGAUAGGACGCGUUGACAGCCUUGAUGAUGAUGGCUUUCCAUUCAUUGGUGCAAACCUUCAAACUGGUGAUAUUGUCAUUGGAAAGUAUGCGGAAUCAGGGGCUGAUCACAGUAUUAAACUGAAGCAUACAGAAAGAGGCAUGGUUCAGAAGGUUGUACUCUCUGGUAAUGAUGAGGGAAAAAGCUUUGCUGUUGUGUCUCUGAGACAGGUUCGUUCUCCUUGUCUUGGAGACAAAUUUUCUAGUAUGCAUGGGCAAAAGGGUGUGCUAGGUUUUCUGGAAUCUCAGGAGAACUUUCCGUUUACAAUACAAGGGAUAGUUCCAGACAUAGUUAUAAAUCCACAUGCAUUUCCUUCACGUCAAACACCAGGCCAACUGCUUGAAGCUGCCUUGGCAAAGGUGGUUGCCUUAGGAAAGCGCAUUGGCCAGCGAGGAGAAGUAAAAUAUGCAACACCAUUUUCCACUCUAUCAGUUGAUGAAAUAACAAAGAAUCUUCACAGUCUUGGAUUCACUAGAUGGGGAAACGAGAGAGUUUACAAUGGCCGAACUGGUGAAAUGGUUAACUCCCUGGUUUUCAUGGGCCCGACAUUCUACCAGAGGCUUACGCAUAUGGCUGAGGACAAAGUGAAGUUCCGCAACACUGGCCCAGUCCAUCCCCUUACCCGCCAACCUGUGGCUGACAGGAAACGCUUUGGCGGUAUCAAAUUCGGUGAGAUGGAGCGUGACUGUCUCAUAGCACACGGUGCUGCUGCAAACCUGCACGAGCGACUCUUCACACUCAGUGAUUCCUCCCAGAUGCACAUAUGUAGAAAGUGCAAGAACAUGGCCAAUGUGAUCCAACGGCCCGUGCUUGGUGGCCGUAAGGUUAGGGGUCCCUACUGUCGUUUCUGUGAAUCAGUAGAAGAUAUUGUGAAGGUGAAUGUGCCAUACGGGGCGAAGCUGUUGUGUCAAGAGCUCUUCAGUAUGGGCCUGGCUUUGAAAUUCGAUACUGAAAUCUCUUAAGAUGUGUGUAGUAGUCUAAGAAUUGUGGAAUAAGUGUAGGGUAAACUUGUCCAGGUGAACAACCUUUCGAAACACUAUGAUCUCUCUCCCCUUGUGUGUUGCAUAACAUUAAAAUGCUGUGUUUAUUCUGAUUCUGUUUUGGGUUUUGAAUGAACGCAGUGUUUAUUUGCAGCAUA